GUCUAUCUAAUCUAUCAUCACCGGAGAGAAAAGGUCCUCUUGAGACGGGGAUAUCGUACACACACAAGCAAGCAAGCAAGCAAGCAAGCAAGCAAACCUUAUCCCUUCACACCACUCUAAAACCCUAAAAUAACCAAAAGAUCACGAUCCCCAUCUUCACAUCCCAGAUUGAUCAUGGCAACUGCAACUAUGGCCACAGCAGCUGGAGCAGCUGCUCUUCUAUACUACACUUUGAACCGGAAGCUAAUAGCCGGUCCAUCCGAUGUUGACGAUGAAGCUUCUUCUAGCCGUGGCGCUUCUUCUUCUUUGAGGAUUGAUCGUGUUUCCCAUAGACUUAUCCAAGCUCCAGCCACUUGGCUUGAAACUAUCUCCACUCUCUCCGAGACUCUUCGUUUUACUUACUCCGAGACUCUAGGGAAGUGGCCUAUUGGUGAUCUCGCCUUUGGUAUUAACUUCCUCAUCAAGAGACAGGGGCUUUUACAUGUUGAUCGUGUCUUUGGUGGUGAAGAUAGUGUAGAGCUCAAAGGACCAGAAGUAGCAGAUGAGCUUAGAUACUAUCUCCACUUACUGACGUUGUGUUGGCACUUCUCCAAGAAGACGUUUCCUUUGUUCUUGGAAGAGACUGGCUUUGCAAAAGACAACGUUCUCAUCCACGAACCCAAAGCUGGGAUUUUGAAGCCGGCUUAUACGGUUCUUGUGGAUCAUAAUUCGAAAUGCUUUCUGCUGUUGAUCCGUGGUACGCAUAGCAUCAAGGACACCUUGACGGCUGCCACUGGAGGGAUAGUGCCGUUUCAUCAUACCGUUGUGAACGAGAGUGGUGUCAGCAACUUGGUCUUAGGGUAUGCUCAUUGUGGUAUGGUUGCUGCUGCUAGGUGUAUAGCGAAACUCGCCACUCCUUGUCUUCUCAAGGGUCUUGAGCAGUAUCCAGAUUAUAAAAUCAAGAUCGUUGGGCACUCUUUGGGUGGUGGAACGGCUGCUUUAACGUAUAUAUUGAGGGAGCAGAAGAUGCUCUCUACAGCUACAUGUGUUACAUUUGCCCCAGCUGCUUGUAUGACUUGGGAACUAGCUGACUCUGGUAACGACUUCAUUGUAACCGUAGUAAAUGGAGCUGAUCUGGUGCCUACAUUUUCUGCUGCAUCAGUAGAUGACUUACGCGCUGAGGUAACAGCAUCUGCUUGGCUAAAUGAUCUGAGGAAUCAGAUCGAACGGACUCGAAUCCUCAGCACUGUGUAUCGCUCAGCGACGGCUUUGGGAUCUCGUCUUCCGUCUAUGGCCAGUGCCAAAGCCAAAGUUGCUGGUGCUGGUGCUAUGCUGCGCCCAGUGUCUAGCGGCACACAGGUUGUGAUGAGGAGAGCUCAGAGUAUGCUGACCCGCCCUGCGCUGAGCUUGUCGUCUUGGUCGUGUAUGGGACCCAGGCGUAGAGCCGCUGCGGCUACUCAACCGAACUCGGAACAUCAGAUCGAAGCAGCUUCAGAUCCUCUUGUUGCUGCUACCACGAGCGAAGAAAGUAAUGGGAAGUGGAAAUCAGAAGCCGAGUGUUCUAGUCUUGGAGCCGCCACUGAUCUUGACGAGUGUGAGGAUCCAGAGGAUAUCGAAACGCGGCAAGAGCGAAUGACUGAAGCGGAGCUAUGGCAGCAGCUGGAGCAUGACCUUUACAACGAGGACGGCUCUUCAGAGCUGCCUGAAGAAGAAGCCGAUGUUGCGAAAGAGAUCAAGGAAGAAGAGGAAGCCGUGAUCGCAGAGGCGGGUGUGGCUCAGCCAGAGAGGAAAGAGUCUCUCAGAUUCCUCCCGCCAGGGAAGAUUAUGCACAUCGUCACGGUCCGGUCCGAGGCUGUAGAGGCAAACGAAGAAGAAGAUGCGUUGGAUAGGGCUGAGACGGUGGAGACGACGGUGGAGGAGGGAAGAGUAGGAAUCUUUCUGACGCCGAGGUCGUUGUAUAGUAAAGUGAGGUUAUCGCAGAGGAUGAUAAGCGAUCACUUCAUGCCUGUUUACAGACGACAGCUUGAACGGUUGAUACAAGAGCUAACACUCGAACAUGAACAACAGCCUUGAUUGAAGCUGCUUAUGUUCGUGUUUUAGUUCCUUUUUUUUUGUGUAUUUACAGUUGUACAUACUUGUCAUAUUGAGUAUUUACCUAUAAGAAAGCUUUCUUUGGGUUCUUGGUGGGUUUAUACAACGCGACCUUGUUUCUUCCCUAGGCAAACAAACCAUGUACUAUCAUGUAUGUAAUAUCUGAACUUGUUGUAAUGAUUGAGUUUCAUAGUUUUGAAUCUUUCGAUAA